AUGUUAAAGAAAAACUACACAUUGGUGACUGAGUUUAUUCUCCUGGGACUGACAGCUCGAGCAGAAUUGCAACCUGUACUUUUUGUGAUGUUCCUAGUCAUCUACCUCAUCACUGUAAUUGGCAAUGUGAGCAUGAUUCUCUUAAUCAGAAGUAACUCAAAGCUUCACACCCCUAUGUACUUCUUUCUCAGUCAUCUUUCCUUUGUGGAUCUUUGCUAUGCUACCACGGUCACUCCUCAGAUGCUGGUGAAUUUCUUAUCCAAAAGAAAAACUAUUUCCUGCAUUGGGUGCUUCAUACAAUUCAACUUUUUCAUUGCCCUGGUGAUCACAGAUUAUUAUAUGCUUGCAGUGAUGGCUUAUGACUGCAACAUGGCAAUCUGCAAGCCUCUGUUAUACAGUAGCAAAAUGUCCAGAUAUGCCUGCAUCUCUCUUGUUGGUGCUCCUUAUAUUUAUGGAUUUGCAAAUGGCCUAGCACAGACCAUCCUGAUGCUUCGUUUGUCCUUCUGUGGACCUAAUGAGAUCAAUCACUUUUAUUGUGCAGACCCACCUCUCAUGGUUCUUGCUUGCUCUGACACCUAUGUCAAAGAAACAGCCAUGUUUGUGGUGGCUGGAUCCAACCUCACCUGUUCUCUCACCAUCCUCAUCUCCUACGUCUUCAUCUUCAUCACCAUUCUGCGCAUGCGCUCUGCUGAGGGGCGGCGCAAGGCCUUUUCUACUUGUGGGUCCCACCUGACAGCUGUAACCAUCUUUUAUGGGACACUGUUCUGCAUGUACCUGAGGCCCCCUUCUGAGACAUCUGUAGAACAGGGGAAAAUUGUUGCUGUUUUUUAUAUCUUUGUGAGUCCUGUGUUAAACCCUUUCAUUUAUAGCCUGAGGAAUAAAGAUGUUAAAGGAGCAAUAAGGAAUAUUUUCAAAAGUAACUGCUGA